AUGACCGGCGACCUCAUGAUUGAGGUCACCGGUGACUCUAUGGCCAAGAAGGCAGAUGCCCUCUCGGCAAGGAUGAAGGAGGUCCUCCGGGAUACGGGGAUCGUCGUCCGCCGCCCGGCGCGCAAGGGAGACUUGCGCGUCUCGGGCUUCGACGACUCCGUAUCCCCGGAGGAGGUGAAGGCGGCGCUGGCUUCGGCCGGAAAUUGCCGGGAGGCAGAGAUCCGUAUGGGCGAAGCCCGGACUCUGCCUUCCGGCAUGCGAGGAGUGUGGGUGCAGUGCCCCGUGGCUGCUGCCAAAAAAAUUUAUAAUUCUUACACCGGUAAAGGAGCAAAACUCUGGCUUCUUAUAAAUCUCGUCGAGAUCUACAACUUUUGUACGAAACAUUUGUUCGAGAAAUUAACAUUAACGGAGCUACCGUGA